AUGAAUGCCACAAGGCGCAACUCGACAACCGUGCCACUCCGCCAGCCCAUUACUUCAUUUGCAAUCCCACUCGUUCACGCCGAGGUUGUCAUGGACGACUGGCUAAAGAACGACGAUACCCGGAUCACAUACGGGGAACCGCAAGAGAACGAGGUUGAGACUACAGAGUCAUACAAAAUGUGCCGGGUGCCAGUGUUUGAGGGUGGGCGGAAGCGAGGAUUUGUACCCCUGCCCCUGAGGUACAGGGAUGUAUGGCUGGAGCUUUCCUACAACAUCGUACUAUGCUCCAACCUCUGGGAGCUUUGGCUGGAAGAGGGUAUGAAGAAGUUGAAAGGAAAGAAGGUCGACAUGGUUGUGACUUGCCGACAGAACACGGGGGCAAUGCUUGUCCAGCACAUGCUCACCAGGCGUUUGGUGGUGGAGCAGUUGCUGAAGUUGGAUUAUCUCACAGAGCCUGGAAAAGAGAGCGUCCCGCUUCUGGACGAAUGGAAAAUUCGCAUGUGUCGUGAUUGGUUGAACAAGGAUUACGACGAGGCUUUCGUUGAAGGACGCGAAUUCCUGGUAGCGGAUCCAGUCACAGCUGCAAACAAGGUGUUCUUCGGUAAGCUUGUUGCAUCUGUGCGUGCUCACCCACCGCCUAACAUGCAGCUAGAAAAAGGAUGGAAUAUUAAUGACCAAGGGAAGGAUUCAUUGUCCCCACCGCCGGACCCUGCCACGUGGAUCAAUGGACGUGUUGAGGAAAUUCGUGAAACCUUUGAGCGCGUCAUCAAGCCACAAGCCCUGAACGAGUUGAAGAAGCCAGGCGCGUUUCACGAGACUCGGCAUUUGAAAGAUGGAGACCUGCCAGGCCGUUGGCACGAGGGACACAAUCCUCGUCCUUUGUUCUGGAGUGAAGCGCAAUGGGAGUGGUACAGCCAAGGCCACGAUUUUGCGGGCACCCCAAUCGCCUUCUUCAAUUUUGUCCUCAGGAAAGAACCGAGCUAUACAAAUGUCAAAGAGUUUGAGGAUGACGUUAAGAGCAUCGCCAACAUCAUUGUCGCUAAUGGCGAUGGCAAUGACCGUGAUGAUAUCCAGGAGAUUGUGGGUGGACUCUGGCUAGGAGAGAUGACCUGGAGGGAAUUCGUGGAUCACCUGAGGCAGAAAUGGGAUCUGGAUGAUGAUGCCUGCAAGCCUUGGGAAAAAAAGGACGAAGGCAACCCCUUUGAUAACUUGGAAGCUCAGUUGAUCUUCCAGGGAUUCAUGCGCCGGGGCUCCGAGAACAGAGUUUGGAAUCCUGAAGACCAGAUCCUGUGGGAAUCCUUGUUGAGAAUGAGCCCAAAAGAAUAUGAGCCUGUAUGGAAGAGGGUCGUGAAGACAAUUUUGGAGGAAGAGAAGUCUGUACAGGAGGUGUUGAAGGAUGCAAGGAAUUGGUCGCACCAUUCUCAAUCCAUGGAGGAUACGGAAAUGGGUCAGGUAGACCGCCAAACUCGGGCUCAAGUUGGCCUUGAACAUGUUGAUCGCGCAGGGGCCUCUGUAAAUUCCAACUCUCCUCCACCGUCGCAGCCCACCACAUCCGAGAAACAGUCCACAAUAUCUCACCAAUUGCUACCCAUCUAUGAAUGGAUGCUUGCAUAUGUUCAGAAAACCAUCACCUCGGAAAUAUUUGAAAAGAAACUCACGGGCUACUUGUCGAAAGAGCAUGAGAAAGGCAUCAAACAGUUCAUCAAUGGCCUUCGUGCAAUUCCUCCCGGGCAUAACGAAGUUGUCUCAAAGGAUGCCCUGGACUUGUUCCUCAACCGUGUCAAAGCAAUAGAGGCUAAGAGAGAGGCUGGACCAUUUAUCGACCUUCUUACUGAUGUAUCAGACAUCCAGGACCUAGAAAAGGCAGCUGGAGGUAAUAAUUGCACAUGCGAUAACCACUACAACGUAGAGACAGGUGGAGAAAACAUACGUCUCAACAUGGCCAUCACGUCCCUCUUCGCUGCCAUGUAG